UCUGUACUACUGCCGAAGAAAGUCUUAAAGACAUUAAGCGUUUAAAAAAUCUUAUUGAAAACCAUUGGACAUCUGAGAUUUCAAGCCUUGCACUGAAAAAUUUAAAGGAAAAUAAUUAUGUUUCUCCAAAAUUGUUGCCAUUGACCCAAGAUGUUAUAAAAUUCCAAACUUUUGUAAUGAACGAAGCCCAUGAAGCUUCAGAUGCAUUGAAGAAGAAUAUCCACAUUAAGUUGAACUAUCGAAAGCUGAUCGAGUCUGUGUUAGCAUUGACAUUAUUAAUAAAUAGAAAGCGCAUUGGGGAAAUUCAGUACCUAAAAACCGAGACUUAUAAUUCAACAGUCAGUGAAAACCAGCAAACCGAGUUUCUAGAUUGUCUUUCAAAAACUGAACAAACUUUGUGCAAGAAUUACAAAAGAGUAGUGACCGGUGGAAAAGGAAGCAGACCUGUUGCAAUUUUAUUUCCACCGGACCUUCAGAAAUUCAUUGAACUUCUUCUAAGUUUCCGAAGUAUUUGUGUGACUCCGACAAAUCCGUAUUUAUUUGGUAAUCCUAACACAGAGCUGUGGUUGAGUGGCUAUCAUAUUGUGAAAAAGCUGGCGACAAAAGCUGAUGUUUCGGAUACAACUCUGUUUACAUCAACCCGUUUAAGAAAACAAAUUGCCACAUUAUUGCAAGCAAUCAAUAUUAAGGAUGACGAAAUGGAACAGUUUGCUACUUUCAUGGGACACACCAAAAAAACACAUGAAUCGUAUUAUAGGCUUCCUCAAGACUUGUAUCAGACAGCAAAAGUUGCCAAAUUACUUAUCGCUGUUAAUAGUGGACAAGUAGCAAAGUAUAAAGGAAAAUCCCUUGACGAAAUAACUUUGUCAGACAAUGAAUCAUUGCUGGAUGAGACUGAAGCAGGAAAACCUUUAUUUCAUGGUAAGAAAUUCAUAAUUAUUUAUUUUCUUUUAAGGUACCAGAAUGAAGGAAACUUUUUUAUGACAAUAAAGUUUUUUGUAAAAUCAACAACAUAAAUUCCAAUACCGUAAAAGUGAAUAUUUUGUUUGAAAAUUAAUAGGUUAAUGAAAUCGUUUGUUAUUUGCUGUCAUUAGAACACGAAGUACUGCGCCAAAUUCAUUACUGUAAUAUUGAUUCGGAACACAAACAAUAGUGCAAUGAAAAUUUUUAAAUUUCAGUUUAUUUUCAAAAUUCGCCCCGUUAAAAAAAUAUAGAUGCUUAAAUUUUCAGUUAAUACGUUAACUAGUAUCUACGAAAUAUGGAGGAAUUUAAAACAUGCUUUACUCACCACGUAACUUUAGCAAAUCAGGUUGAUAUUUCAUUAGGAUUACUAGAAAAAAUUAAUAUAUGCAGGCAUGAAGAUUUAAUAUAUAUAUUGUUUUUAGAUCAAAAUAUUAAUGAAAAUGAAAUAGAAGAGACGUGGGAACAGCAAUUCGGAGAACAAGCAAUGAAAAAUGCGGUAUUAGGUAAUUAUCUAUUUUUCCUUAUCCAGAACUAAGAAUUUAAAGAACGUGGAAUGAAAGAUAAACUGUUAUGUUUUAGAUGAAAGGGAAAAUAGUAUAAAAAAAGGAAAGCGAGGAAAGUGGAAUUCAGAGCAAAAAAAUGUAUUGAAAACAGCGUUCAAAGAUCACAUAAAAAACAAAAAAGCUCCGAGAAAAGAAGAAACCGAGUUGAUAAUGAAAAAACAUAAAGAUUUAUUCAAGGAUAAGACGUGGGCCACAGUGAAAGCUUUUGUUUAUAACUGUUAUAAAGGUUAAACAAUUGCUAAUUUACUUUAAAUAUUUUAGACUUGCACUGCGCUAGUAUAAACGUUUAAUUUUAUUUCAAUGUUUAAUAAUUAUUUUAGUCAUUCUCAGCAUUAAUUAUAAAUAAGA